AUGGACAUGGAUAUUAAAAACGCUCUCCUCCGGCUCAACGAUAUCCUGGCCAACCAGCAGCAGCAGAUGGCAGUUCUCCUGCAGAACAACGCAGCUCCCCAGGCUGAGAAGAAGGAUCCCUCAAUCAACGCUGUGACCCUCCAUCCCAAGCCUCCCGGGAAGAAGACGAAAAAGAUGAAGAGCAUCAGUUUGGUGAAACAUGUUGACAUCUCCAAAAAGCGCAAAUUUGCUGAGGUAAAUUUGAACGGUGUCAAUGUGAAGCUCCAACUCGACUGUGCGGCUGACAUCACCAUAAUUUCGACGGAAACCUGGGCUUGCAUCGGGAAACCAAAAAUCAACCCUACGAACAUCGUUGCUGUCAGCGCUUCCGGUGACAAGCUCGACUUGAAAGGAGAGUUUAUCACCGAAGUAACCAUCCGGAACGUCUCCAAACAAGGGUGCAUCUACGUUGCCAACCACUCCGAUCUCGACGUACUGGGUAUCGACCUCAUCGAGUUGUUCAACCUUUGGUCGGUCCCCUUCGACUCGUUGGUGAACUCCAUCCAGAAAUCCGAAGACGUGGCACAACGAUUGAAGGUUAAGUUCCCCGAAGUGUUCCAGAGUUCCCUUGGGCUGUGUACCAAAGCACAGGUUACACUCUACCUCAAGCCGGAUUCCCGACCAGUAUACUGCCCCAAGCGCCCGGUAGCCUAUGCCGCUCUCCCGAAGGUGGAUGCUGAACUCCAAAGGCUACAAGAACGCGGCAUCAUUUCUCCAGUGCAGUUCUCCAAUUGGGCUGCCGCCAUCGUCGUGGUUCGCAAAUCGGACAACGUCUCUGUUCGAAUUUGCGGCGAUUACUCAACUGGACUCAACGCAGCUCUAGAAUCCGACCGGCAUCCUCUGCCUCAUCCCGACGACAUCUUUACUGCCCUGGCUGGGGCACGCAUUUUCUCCCAAAUCGAUCUGUCGGACGCAUACCUCCAGGUCGAAGUGGAGGAAGAAUCACGCAAACUGUUGACGGUUAACACCCACCGAGGCCUGUUCCAGUACAACCGUCUUGCUCCAGGUAUAAAAUCGGCACCUGGAGCCUUUCAACGCAUAAUCGACUGCAUGGUAGCUGGCAUCCCAGGUGUAAAAACCUAUCUCGACGAUAUUCUGGUAUCCGGACGAACUCAAGAGGAACACGAUCGCAAUCUGGACGCGACGCUUGGAAGGAUUCGUGAUUACGGAUUUCAUCUACGCAUCGAAAAAUGCCAUUUUUCUCUUCCUCAGAUUAAAUUUCUUGGUCACAUCAUCGACAAGGAAGGUCUCCGCCCAGAUCCAGCCAAGACUCGUGCGAUUUCUGAGAUGCCGGCCCCCACGAAUGUGUCACAGCUUCGAUCCUAUCUUGGCGCUUUAAACUAUUAUGGACGGUUUGUAGGCCAAAUCAAGGAGCUCCGUGCGCCGCUCGACCGGUUACUGAAGAAGGACGCCAGCUGGGAAUGGACUCCAGAAUGCCAAAGCUCGUUCGACCGCUUUAAAUCCAUUCUGCAGUCUGACCUUCUUUUGACACACUUCGACCCUCGGAAGGAAAUCAUCGUAGCUGGUGAUGCAUCCAAACACGGCGGCCAUCUGACGACUGCUCCAUACCAUCCGCAAUCGAACGGCCAAGCGGAAAGGUUUGUGGACAGCUUGAAACGAGGACUCAAGAAGCUCGCAAAAGGGGAAAGCAUGGCUACAACACAGCACUUACAAACAUUUUUGUCAGUGUACCGUUCCACGCCAGCUCGAAGCGCUCCUGAUGGCAAGACCCCUGCUCAUCGUUUCCUCGGUAGGCAAAUCUCCACCCAACUGGACCUUCUGAAGCCAACGCUACCAAGCCCAACACGAAUCAACGAUGCUCAAAACGCUCAGUUCAAUAAACGUCAUGGCGCUGUGCAAAGGAAAUUCGUCGCUGGAAAUCCGGUUCUGGCCAAGGUUCAUCAAGGGAAUUCCGCACAGUGGAUUCCGGGUCGGAUCAUCGAACCCAAAGGUAACGUGAAGUACACCGUACUCCUGGACAACGGUCGACUCAUCAGAUCCCACACCACUGAAGGCCUGGUUCAUCGAAACAGCAGCACCGGUUCCAACACCACGGACAAGACCAACCCGAAAUCGCUGUCUGCCCAAGCGAUUGAGAUCUUUCUUAAAAAAGGGAGAUGUGCUAAAACUGCAGUGGAGAAAUACCCGGAAACAGUGGAAUACUUUAGGAAACAUCGUCAGAACAGUUUCGCAACACAUCCGAAAUGGUUGCUGUGCAAAAGUCGAGGAAAAUAA